AUGGUGCCACAAGCCACUAUCUACCAUCAUUCAGACACCAUGUACGUGCAAUCAACACAAAAACCCGCAGCAGCAAUAGGCAAAAACAGAAGCAGGACUCGUACUAGCUGUUAUUCGAUUAACAAUUCGGCUAUGAAAAUGUGCAGCCUUAAUCUUAUGGUUUUUGAAGGUAAUGGAGGUAAUGUGAAAAAACAUUGCCUACUUUUAGGUAAUAAUUUUUUGCCAGAGUCAUUAAUACAUUAUACAAUGAAAUCUCUUAAGCCCUCACCAGCCUCAACGUUAUCAUCUAGUCUAUCACCCAGAGAUGAAAUCUACAUUGAUGAUGAAGGUCUCGAAGGUUCAGGACGUGGUGGGCCCCAUGAUGAUUUAGAGAAAGAUCACGACUUUUCUGGCUCCGGUUUUGGUCCUGAUGACGAGGACUCUGAUAGCGAUUACAGUCAUCGUUCGCAUACGCACACUCAAUCGGGUAAAUCAAAUAUAAAUAAGAAAAUCGAUGACAACGAUUUCAUAACAUCAAGUAGAAACAAUAAUCAGAAUCAGAAUCAUCAUCAAACAUCCAGUGGCACAAACAUUGGUAGCGGCAUCACAAAUCAUCAGGGCAAUACGGGCAUCAUCAGUUCUGGUGGUAGCUCGGUUGGCUCGACUGGCCUCAAUACGAUUGAAACCAAUAAUCAUAACAAACAAUUUAAUUCCUCUAUUUCAUUGUUAAAUCCCAACCAUACAAUCACGACCAUCACCACCAAUACCAUGGCAACUAUUCCCCAUACAAACAUUACCACCACACAAACAUACAAUAUUUUGAACAAUGCCUCUACCCAAAAUGAACUAACACCCACACAAACACCCUCUACAUAUACAACCACAACAACAACAUUGCCUUCAAAACACAACAACACUACCCAUAUUGUUCCCUUUUCCCCAGACAAAAACCACAACAAAGUUACCCCAUCCACCACCACCACCACCACUACGCAUCACAGCGACGGCGAUGAUUUCGAUUUGGAAGGCGACCUUGAUGAAGAAGAGGCCGGCGGCGGUGGCCAUCUAUUGCAUCACAGCGGCGAUGGCGGUCUCAUCGAUACUACCGACGAUGAUGAUGAUGACCAUACGGGCGAUGAUGAUGAUGACCGCGACAUCAUUAAGCCCAUCUAUCACGAUGACUUGGGCAAAACGAAACCAUUCGAUGAACGUAAACCCGUUUUGGGUUCCAAAGACGAGGAUGACAGUUUCGGGGAAAUCGAUGUUGAUGCUGGCCAGCCCAUUGACCAUCAUGGUCAUAAAAUCGAUGAUGACGUUGAUAUGGAUGAGCAUGAUAAUCAUGAAGAUGGUGAUAACGAAGAUGAUGAUAAGGACGAUGAUUAUGACUUGUCCAACACCAAAGAGGAUAGCCAUGAUGAUGAUGACGAUGACAGCCCCAUCUAUACCGAUAUCACUGAUCCCACCAACACCGAUUCUUCAUCAUCUUCAUCACCCACCUCCACCUCGACCACCACCGAUAAAAGACCUGGUGGAAUUAAUACUCAAGGAGGCACUAAUAUCCACGAUUUGGAUACAAACAGCAUCAACAGUUUACAACCAGAGACUAAGGUUAUCGAACAGACUACAGGCAACGAGGUUUUAAUCAUGAAUGCCAACGAUGAUGACAGAACGGCGAGCUUCUUCGCCCAACCAGGAAUUUUGGCGGCGGUCAUUGGAGGCGCUGUAGUUGGUCUAUUAUGUGCCAUUCUGGUGGUGAUGUUCAUUGUCUAUCGCAUGAGAAAAAAGGAUGAGGGUUCCUAUGCCCUGGAUGAACCCAAACGAUCACCUGCUAUGAAUUCCUAUGCGAAAAAUGCCACAAAUCGGGAAUUUUAUGCCUGAGAAAAUGAACGACGUUUUUAAGAAGUUUACUAUUCCUUACUUUUUUUGCAAAUUCCCAACACAUCCACAUACAAAAUAGAUACAACAACAGCAACAAAUAAUUUUAUGGGAUUUAUAACAACAGCAACAACAACAACAUCAAUAACUGAACUAAACAAUAUACAUAUAUCAAUAAACAUCACUCAACUUUAUAUACAACUACCAUUAUCCACAACAACAACUGCGAAACAACAAUUUUUAUAUAUAAAGCGAAUUGAAAGUAAAAAAAACACAACAUUCAAAAAUUAAGUCGUAAAAAGAUUUCUUGACACCCACAUCCCCAAUAGAAGAAGAUUUCCUUACAAAUUCCAAGAGAACAAUGAUGGUAACAAAACAAAAAUUCUUCUUAAAAACCUAGAACAAAACAAUUUUCACAAAAUUCCUAACCUUCCCUUAAGCUACGAAAGUCUAAUUAAAAAAUUCGUCACUUACAAACAGCAAAACCAAUACAUAUGUAAUUGUAAACAAUAAUUAUUCAUAUAUUAAUUAUAAAAAAAAAAUUAAUUAACCCCCAAAAAACAACCUUACCCAUAUAUAAUUUUGGUAACAAUAAAAAUUUUCUUUGCAUAAUUUUUUCAUAAAUUUUUUUUUUAACUUUGUUUACAAGCAAACUCAACUUUUCAUAUGACAUGAAAUAAACACAAAAAAUCGAAAUCGCUCUCGAAUGAAUUUCAAUUAUUGUUUUUUUUUAGGCAACUCAAACAAAGAAAUAAAAACAAUUGAAACUCAUUAAAAAGGAAAAAAUUAUGAAAUAAAUAAAAAAAAAAAUAUUUUUAAGUAAUAAAAAAAAGAAUAACAAAAAUAAUAAUAAAUAAAUGUAAUAUUUAGUGUAAUUCGUAUAUAUACAGAAAAAUAAAUGGAAAAAAAAACUAAAGUAAAAACAAAACAAAGCAAAUACUUGAAAACCAACAAUUUUGAAAGAACAGAAAACAAACAAAAAAGAAAACACAAACAAGUAUUUUAAGCUGAGGAAGAAGAGAAACAAAAAAUUAAUAAAUUCAAAAAUAAACUAUUAGUUCUUAACUAAAAAAAAAAAAAAAAAAAACAAAAAUCGAAACAAAAACAAAAAACUCUAAAAGAAAGAAAAACGAAAGUAAGAAUAAUAGUAAUGAUGAUAUUGAAAAUAUGACAUGAAACUAGAAGAAACAAAAUCGAAUACACACACAUACAAAAUACAUUUCGAUCUUCUUUUUCUUUCUCCCAAAUACUUUUUUUUAUAAACGCAAAAAGAAAGAAAGUCGAAAAACCUUAAAACAAAAAUCAUAAACAUCCUUUAACAGAUACUUUCUGAUUUUUUUCCACUACAAAAGUUAUGAGAAAUGCAACAAAUUCCGGGACAUUCGUUGGAACUUAUAGUUAAAUUAUAUAACUUCAUAUAAACAUUUUGUUUGAAUGUUAAAUAUUCUUUGAACAAACUUCGCUAAAUCCAAGGAUAGAUAAUUCAAUCAGUUAGCUUUUGUAAUAAGGCAAUACUAGCCAUAUUUGAUAAACUCUCAGAGUUGCCAGAUCAAUUCUUAUUUUCCUAUUGAGCACAGUUGCAAAUUCCGCACACAAGACUUGGCCUUUUGUACUCCACAAAAUCUAACUCAUUGCACACGCAAGUUAUUGUAGCACAUUUGUUAUAAAGAAGUACCAGUUUUAAUGGAUAAAUUGUCUUAGUUGCCAGAUCAAUUCUUAUUUUCCUAUUGAGCAGUAGCCUUUGCCGCAUACCAGCCUGGUAUUUUAUAUUUUCAUUCUGAAGUGAAAAAAUAAUCUGCACCCCUGACUUAGUCUUGCUCAUUAAAAUGUGUGCAUAAGGAGUUUUUAAUAGCAUUAAGCAGAGUUACCAGAUCAAUUCGUUUUCUUAUGUUAUGAGCACCAUUUUAAAAUGGCCAUUAUUUUAACAUUUUCAAAUAACAAAAUUUCAAUUCGUUGCACACACGACUUGUCUACCAAACUCGAAAUGGAAUAGUUCUAGUCUUAAUGGGUAAAAUUUAAGAAUUACUAGAUCAAUUCAUAUUUGCUAUUAGGAACAGUGGCAAAUACCAUUCACUAGACUUGAUUGUAUUAUGGUCCUUCCUAACUGAAAUGAAAGAAAAUUAUACUGCAACCGUGUCUUAGCCUUGUCCAUAUAAAGCGCUUGAACCAACAUUAGUUAGAGUUGCCAGAUUAAUUCACCUUCGAUUAUUAUUGGCACAAUUAUUAUAAUGUCCACACCUUUGACAUUUUCAAUUAACAAAAUCUAACUCCUUGCACACACGAGUAAUUCUAACACAUUUGUAAUAAAGUAGUACCAGUUAAAAUGGACAAAUUGUCAGAGUUGCCAGAUCAAUUCAUAUUUUCCUAUUAAGCGCAGUUUCAAAUUCCGCACCCAAGAUUGGUUCUUUUGUACUACCAAUUUUAGUCUUGAACUCUCAAAUGUGUAUAUAAAGUGAUUUUGCCAACAUUAAUUAGAGUUGCCAGAUUAAUUCAUCUUCGUUUGUUAUUAGCAUAAUCGUCACAAUUGUAAUAAUGUCCAUACCUUUGACAUUUUAAAUUAACAAAAUCUAACUCAGUGCACACACAAGUUAUUAUAGCACAUUUGU